AUGGACUAUAAGCUACAUAUCAUCACAGAUUUCCACGUUUUUAACAUCAAGAGAAAGAUAUUGGCAUUAGAACCAGUUACUGAGGAAAUAUUCGAACAAAAAAAAGCAACCAUUGCACUGUCAGAGAUUAACAGUCAGCAGAGUGACUUAGGAUGGAAAUGCUACCCAUGCAAGAAAACAUUUAAGUCUAUGGAAUAGCUUGAUCAACAUUAGAACUCAAAGAAUCAUAAGAAAAAUGAUAAAAUCUACAAAGCAUAGAAUGCUAAUCCUCUAGAGAAUAGUUAGCAAUCAUCAAUGUUUGAAAAUCUGACGAAGGAUAACUUAUCCAAGCACCUCAAUGAUGAUAAAUCAUAGGAAAUCAAUCUAAGUAAAAGCGAUCACCCUAAUGAUCAUAAUGACUCUCACAAUCUUGAUCCUACCAGAGAUCAUCAAGAAUAGCAAGAAAAACAAAAAAUGAAAGAUGAUAUGAAUGAUAGCAAAUUGCCACAAAGAACAUCUUUAGAUACCUUAAGAAUAUGUCUGUUCUGUAAUAAGGAACUUGGCGGAGUCAAGAAAUGCUUAGAUCAUAUGCGUUCUGCUCACUCUUUCUUUAUCCUAGACAUUGACUGUUGUAUCAAUUUAAAGGGCUUACUGACAUAUAUCGCUGAAAGAAUUCAAUUAGGCUAUUUAUGCUUGUUCUGUAAUAAAAUGUUCAAGAAUUCUCGAAGAUGCCAACAGCACAUGAUGGAUAAAUCUCACUGCUUUAUGAGUGUUAAUGAUGAACAUGAGUAUCAACUAUUCUACGAUUUCUCUAAACUUUUCUAGUUAGAGAAUUCAUCUAAUAGUGCUCAAGUCGAAAAUGUCAAAUAAUCAGAUAAUGUAGAUAAAAAGCAGGAAGAUAAUAGUGAAUUUCAAAACAUUGAUAUGAAAGAUCUAUCACUGAACCAAACUCCUUAAAAGAACAAUGAAGAUGCUUGGGAAGACGUAGACCUUGAAGAUGCCAAUGAGGAGGAGCUUAAGAUGAAAGAUAUUGAGCUGAUUAUGAGUACACCUUCAAAGAGUGAAAAGUCUGAAAGCGAACACUUCUCUAUUAUUAGUGAGUCAAAUGGCCAAACUGAGUCUAGUCAACCUAAUGGCAAUGGAAAUGGUACCGUUCAGAGCUAAUCUGACUUUACUCUCAUUAAUCCUUAGUCGAAUACCACUGAGGUAAAGAAUUCAUUUUAAAGUAAUAAGCAAUUCUGUGCUGAGAGUGUAAGCUCUAUAAAAGGCCCUACUCAGGAAUAGACAGGCCUUAGCAGAAAUGAGGCUUGGUAGAGGCUUAAUAUUGGAUAACCAGAAUUAUUAGAAACAGGAGAGAUAAGAUUACCCAAUGGGAAAAUAAUUGGACCGAGAGACAUGAAAUACAUAUAUAAUCAAAGAUACAAGCCAGAGGAUAGCAGAGACUCAGUGAUUCUGGCUAAGUUACAAGUGGAGUAUAGAAAAAUGAAGGCUCUAACAAAUGGAAAUGAGCGGGAAUUAUUCAAGAAUAGUAAGAUGGCUGAUGAAGUUAUGGGGUAACUUAAAGCCAGAGCACAGAGGGAGCAGAACAGUCAGUUCAAAACUGCUCUUAAUGGAAAUAAACUUCAGGUUCCAGCAAGAGUUAAGGCCUGA